AUGACGAAUGUCAUCCGGACUAGUAACGCCGUACGUACGGACGACCCGGAGCAAGCAACGCUGUUCCUCAUCCCUUUCUUCGCGGCGCGUUACACGCUGUACUGCUUUCGGUCGUGGGAGAACAACAUGCGGCAGGCGAUCGAGGAAGGUUCCAGGGUAAUUCCCGCCUCCUCCCCCUCCCCCCUUUCCCCUCCCUUCUAUCCCCCCUCUCUUUCCCCUUCCCCUCCUCCCCCGUUCUCCCCUCCCCCUCUUCCUUUCCCGCCAGCCGUCCACCAUAUAUGGGAGAAGCUUAUAACGAGGGUGAGGAAGGAGCACCCGUACUUCAAUCGAACCAACGGACAAGAUCACUUCGCUUUCGGCACUCUCGAUCACGGUCGUUGUCACUCGCUCACGUUCGUGGACCCGCGGGUGUACGGCGAAAUGUUCUUUGUAACUUUAAAUGGCGACAAGCUGGUUCGCAGCACGCAUUCCAGCCCUGGGCGAAACAUGCAGGUCAUUUCGUACAACUACGGUGCAAAGAUCACAGAUCCAACGGUCCCAGACAUCCCGUGCUACGUGCCGAACCAUGACAUCGUCGUGCCGGCGCUGGUCGCGAAUCGGCUGCCCAUCGUGCCGCCGUUUGAGACGGAGCGCGAGAUCAAAGUGCUGUUCCGGUUCGGCGCGUCGCAGCCCCACGGCGAGCCACUGAAGCACCACAACCACGACAUGCGGAAAGAACUAAUUGAGAUGUACAAGGAUGCAGGGUACGAGGGAUGGGACUUUGCGGAGAAGGGAGAGUAUGAGACGGAUGAGGAAUGGAAGAAGAGUGUCUUCUGCAUCUGCCCGCCCGGCCACUCCCAGUGGACCAGCCGCCCCUUCAAGGCGAUCAUCUCAGGGUGCAUCCCAGUUACAUUUUUCCGCGGUCACGACAACCCGUGGGACGAUGAGCUGGACUACUCCACCGUGUCAGUCAACAUCGACCCCGACCAGCUGCACACUCUCAAGGAGAGGCUGGAUGCCGUUCCCAUUAAGAAACUACAGCGAAACAUCGAGCAGAUUCAGGCCGUGCCAGGUAGAAUGUUCCUCUCUUUUUCCCGUGCCCCUUCCACCCCCUCUCCACCCCUUUAUGUCUCCCUCUCCCAUCGAACCCCUCCUCCUCACCCCUCCUCACCCCCUUGUUACCCUCUUCCCGUUCCCCCCCCUGUAUCAGGAGGCUUAUCGGUGGACAGGGCUGUACGAUAG